AGCCGAGCCCAUAAACAAACGACAACAACGACAUCUCGCCCAAACCGCCGGCUGCUAUCGUCGGAAUUCAACGACCACAAAGCUCGCCACCAGAAGAAGAAACAAAACCAGGAGAGCUUCGCACCGGGCAGGGCGCAAAGCGAAGGGAGUCCCAGGGGUCGAUUCAGAUCUAGCUAGGAGAUGGGAUCGGGCGAGUUGACGGCGUCGGAGGUGGCGGCGCUGCUGGAUCUGAAGCCGCACCCGGAGGGCGGGUACUAUGCCGAGACCUUCCGCGACUCCUCCAUCUCCCUCACCACCGCGCAGCUCCCGCCUCAGUACAAGGUUGAUCGUGCCGUAAGCACUGCUAUCUAUUUCCUGCUUCCUGCAGGGAGUGUUUCACGACUCCAUCGCAUUCCCUGUGCUGAAACAUGGCAUUUCUACAAGGGAGAGCCUCUCACGGUCUUUGAGCUACACGAUGAUGGGCACAUUGACCUCACUGUAAUUGGUCCGCACAUAGACGCUGGCCAGCGCCCCCAGUAUACCGUGCCACCAAAUGUGUGGUUUGGCUCUUUCCCUACACUGGAUGUUGAAUCGUUCGCGUCUGAUGGCAGUUUUCUUCUCAAGUCUCGGAAGAGGGAUCCCGAGCAGCAUUACUCCCUAGUUGGCUGCACUUGUGCCCCUGGCUUUCAGUACGAGGACUUUGAAAUGGCCACUUUUGAUGAUGUGAAAUCUAUUGCCCCGAAGUCAGAACCCUUUCUCAAUUACCUUAUCCCUUCUGAUAAGUGAGCAUGAUCGGAGAUGUUCAUAUUGAAAGUUGAAAGUUAGCAGCAUGAUCUGGACUACCUGUAUUGGAUCUGGAUAUCAGCUUUUCUGUGAUUCCAUGGGGUCUGUUUUCUUAGUCUUGUACUCCGUACGUUGGUACUCUUAAGGAGCGGUGCUAGCUGUACCAUUUUCUGUACUAGAAAGGGAAUAAAGUUUGAGCUUGAUGGUGAAAUUCUAGAUGCCUUUGUAACUGA